UGCGUGCGCACGCGCGCGCACCACACUGGCAUCAGUCUCAACAAGGGACCCACCCCUCUGCAGUGACCAUAACAGUUGUGCCCUGAGCAGCGUGUCCAGACAUGACCCCCACCCGUGGGUCUGUCUUCUCCUGCUCUGACUUGCUCACCUGCUCUGCUGCCUGGUGGCGGCCUGCACUGUGGGCUGCUGCUUGCUGGGGAGCCUGUGCUGUGAGCUGUGCUGCCCCGUGUUGCAGUGUUCACCCGCCAAGCCUCAGUUCUAGGUUCAGCUGAGCAGAGUUGGCAGUUUAAAGAAUUUCUAGGCAAUUGGGAGCAGGACUGCGGGGUUGGGGCCUCCUUAAAUGAGUCCUGGGUGAAUGUCUUUCCUGGGAUUUAUCUGUGUGUUAGAGCGAAGCUGUGACAGAGGCUGUCGUGGCCUGACAUUCACCAGGGAUGGAGGUGUAGACAGGGACUAUAGCCUGUGCAAGAGGUGGGUCCAUCAGAUGGUCACUCCUGAAAGAGCUGUCAUUUAAAAGAAAAAGAGAAGAGAAGGGGAAAGGCAGGCAGUAGGUGGUGGGCUGAGUCCACACUCCUAACACCAGAGGGCUCACCUGGACCCUUAAGUACCUCUGCUACUGCUGCCCCUGCCUCUACUGCCACAAAGAUCCUGACCUUCGGGUUAUAGGGGACAACACUCAUGGCUCCCGUGUGGCACAACGUAUUAGUUCAAACCUGACUUAAGUCCGGAAUUGAAACCGUAUAAAGAACCAGUUGUCACAGGGGAGGCUCCUAACCCUGAUGGCACUGUUUUGAGGCUCUUGGAUGGAAAAAAAUUUAUAAAUACCAGUGUAGAGAGGUACUCCUUCCACUGAAGUGUAUACCGAGAUGAAGAAAACUAAUAUUCAACAGGAAAGAUCAGGAGGAAGGGAACAAUAGAUAAAAUACUGAAACAAAGGUCCACAAUUUGACCCAAUUGGAAAUCCAAAAUAUACUGAAAAAAUUUACAUAACAAAACAGGUACACUGGUUGGCUUUUGGGCCUGUACAACAUAGGUUCUGAAUUAAUUUUGCCAUCUGAUGUAAUGCACUAAUUCAGAAACCUUCAAGCAGUUAAUCAAUACUAGGUGUCAAAUUACAGUUAUACCUGGGAUCCCACUAAAUUUAAGGAAGGUGCCUCGAUGAUCUUAUGGGUGUUAAUGAAUAUAAUAUAGAUGACAAAUGGGACAAAUGUUUCAUCUUUAGCCUUCAGAACUAUGGUCUAAAUUCUCCAUGGUCAUAACACACAUUGUCCUAAAAUAUCCCAUAGUGAGCUGGGAAGCUCUGAUCCAGUGAUCAAGAAUUAAAGUUAAAAGAGUUAUUUGCCACUUACAAAUUGGCUUGACACAUUGGGACCCCAGGGACCUUACCUCCAAAAUCAAGCAGUUAAAAUGGCCCAAUGGCCAUUACCCAGGGCUUUGAAGGAUUGAAAACUGUAUGGGAAACCUAGGUAGUGAAGGGUUGAUUAUUCCCAGUGCUGCUUUUAACAGCCCAAUUUGUCCUGUUAUUAAACCUGGAAAGAACGAGUGGUACAUCAGAGUGGUUUACCUCAACUUGAGGCUAUGGUUGCACAGAGAUCUUUCUAUUCUACUUCCCAACAGUAUGCAAAUUACUACAACCAAUCAGCAAUUGAUAAAUAUCCUGCUCUCACAGAUUUGGCUAAGUCUGUUCUGCCAGUGCCUAUGUCACCAGCCUCUCAGCUGCACUUGGCCUUCGCCUCUGAAGGGACAUGAUGCACCUUUACUAGGUUGUCCUCAUGGAUCUUCAACAGCUGUGCCCUCCCACACAGUUAUUGCAGCAGGAUCUGAAAUGCAUCCUGGUUUCUCCAAGAACACAGGACUCAGUGGCCAUUGAGGAUGUGGCUGUGAACUUCACCCCAGAGGAGUGGUCUUUACUGGAUCCUUCACAGAAGAAACUCUACAGAGAUGUGAUGUGGGAAACCUUCAGGAACCUGACCUCAAUAGGAAAAGCAUGGGAAGAUCAUAAUAUUGAAGGUCACUACAAAUACCAAGAGAGAAUACAAAGAAGUCAUAUGGUAGGGAGACUCUGUGAAAGUGAAGAGGGUAGUCAGUGUGGAGAAAACAGCUGUAUUUCAAAUCUCAGUCUCAACAAGAAAACUACAGGAGCUAAACCACGUGACUGCAGUGAAUGUGGAAAAGUACAUCAUUCAUCCCUUAUUAGGCACAUUAGAUGUCACACUGAACACAAACCGUAUGACUAUGAAAACUAUGGAGAGAAGCCAUAUAAAUGUAAGGAAUGUGGGAAAGCCUUCACUUUUCCCAGUUUUCUUCAAAUACAUGAAAGAACUCAUACUGGAGAGAAACCUUAUAAAUGUAAAAUAUGUGGUAAAGCCUUCCGUUUAUCCCAUGGUUUUAAACUACAUGAAAGAAUUCAUACUGGAGAGAAACCAUAUGAAUGUAAAAAAUGCAGUAAAGCAUUCAUUUCUUCUGGUUCUCUUCAAAAACAUGAAAGAACUCAUACUGGAGAGAAACCCUAUGAAUGUAAAAUAUGUGGUAAAGCCUUCCGGUUAUCCCAUGGUUUUAAACUACAUGAAAGAAUUCAUACUGGAGAGAAACCUCAUGAAUGUAAAAAAUGCAGUAAAGCAUUCACUUCUUCUACUUCUCUUCAAAUACAUGAAAGAACUCACACUGGAGAGAAACCCUAUGAAUGUAAAGAAUGCAGGAAAGCCUUCAGUUGUAUUAGUUCUCUUCGAAAACAUGAAAUAACUCACAGAGGAGAGAAACCUCAUGAAUGUAAAAAAUGCGGUAAGGCGUUCACUUCUUCUAGUUCUCUUCAAAACCAUGAAAGAACUCAUACUGGAGAGAAACCUCGUGAAUGUAAAAUAUGUGGUAAAGCCUUAAGUUUAUCCUAUAGCGUUAAAGUACACGAAAGAAUUCAUACUGGAGAGAAACCAUAUCAGUGUAAAAAAUGCAGUAAAGCAUUCACUUCAGCCGGUUCUCUUCAUGUACAUGAAAGGAUUCACACUGGAGAGAAACCCUAUGAAUGUAAGGAAUGUGGGAGAGCCUUCAGUUAUAAUAGUUCUCUUCGAAAACAUGAAAUAACUCACACUGGAGAGAAACCUCAUAAAUGUGAAAAAUGCGGUAAAGCAUUCACCUCUUCCAGUUCUCUUCGAGUACAUGAAAGAAUUCACACUGGAGAGAAACCCUAUGAAUGUAAAAACUGCAGUAAAGCAUUCACCUCUUCCAGUUCUCUUCGAGUACAUGAAAGAAUUCACACUGGAGAGAAACUGUAUGAAUGUAAAAAAUGCAGUAAAGCAUUCAGUUGUACAAGUGCUCUUCAAGAACAUGAAAGAACUCAUACUGGAGAGAAAACUUAUGAAUGUAAAAUAUGUGGUAAGGCCUUCCGUUUUUCCAGUAAUAUUCAAGUACAUGAAAGAAUUCAUACUGGAGAGAAAGCUUAUGAAUGUAAAAAAUGUAGUAAAACAUUCACUUCUUCCACUUCUCUUCAAAAACAUGAAAGAAAUCAUACUAGAUAGAAACCGUCUGAAUGUAAAAAUGUAGUAAAGCGUUUAGUUUUCUCAGUUCACUUCCAGGACAUGAAAGAAGUCACACUGGAGAGAAAUCCUGUGAAUGUCAGUAAAAUGGGAAAGUCUUUAAUUCUUGUGGAAACUUUCAAGGAUAUGUGCAAAUGCACACUAGAGGAAAAACUAUGUAAAUGUAAAGAAUGUGGGCAAGCCUUUUCUCAUCCAGUUCUCUGUGAAGGCAUGAAAGGACUCACUUGAUCAAAACCUCUUGAAUGUAAAUAGUGUGGAAAGGACUUCAAUUGGCCUACAUCCUUCUAUGUGAAACUCCCACGAAAAAGAAAUAAAAAUAUAAGUCAUAAGAGAAAGCUUGAUGGAAAUUAAUGUGCAUAUAAUGUUGUAGAAAACUUUCAACAUGAAAGAUUUGUUAUAAAAGUUGUAAACAUAUUGUGUUUACCAAGCCUCUUUCCCAAAGUCCAACAUUGAAUUGUGGAUUUCUAUUAAUAACUUUCAGAAAUGAAUACUGAGGUGAGAUAAUUCUGUGAGUCCUUCAUUAGUACUACACAAAGAUUAAUAGGUGGUGCUUUUUUCUUAAAUCAGUUAAUAAUAUUUUCUCUUUACUUCUUUUAAAAUAUUUUAAUUGUUCUGUGUUAGGGGCCCAUUGAAAAAUGAUGGUUUGUAGUCCAUGGGUUUUUUUUAAUAGCCUUGAAUUGCAGUUCCCGGAUAUGCCUAAUCCAUUGUGCAUUUUGUACCUUUAUUAGAGAAAGCUCCUGUUCUGGAGUGGUGGGUAUAGGAGCCUGUUUUUAUUUUCCACACUAUUAAACAGUUGGAAUAAAUUGUUAUGUAUGGCAAGA